AAGAUCAAUAAUCCCUUUUUAUUUUAACAUGCAUUUAAAAAAAAAAGUAUAAAACAUGAGUGUGUGUGUGUGCUCACUGGGAUUAAAUUGUGGAAACCAGUUUUAAACUAGUUUUCUGCACAGCUAAAAUGAAAGCCCCAUUUUAGUCCUCCAUUGUCCCUGCGCAGCAGCUGCGUUUUGUUCUGUUAUUAAACGACACCUUUUUGUUACCGAUGCCUCCCUUCUUUCCAUCCUAUCGUGUUUGGACAAGCAAGCCUCGCCUCCGCUCAGAAAAAUGAGAAUAAAAAAAAAACUGGCAAACCAAUCCUUUCUCUCUGCCUCCCUCUCCCCCCACGUCCAAUCCUUUCUCUCUGCCUCCCUCUCCCCCCCACGUUCACUUCCUACAGUAAACCAGGCAGGAAAGAAUUUGCAGCUUCGAACGGGAGAGAGAAGGGAAGCGCUUCUGUGGCAGGCAGCGAAGUGGACUCCUCUCGUUUAUCAGGUGAGCUGCCUUCGCUCUUUAACACGCCAAGCAGAGGCGAUGGGCUCGGUCUCGUAUCUCCUGCGAGGGGCGAAAUGGGGCAGCAUGCUGUCCAAGUGCCUCCCUGUCUUCCUGUGCUGUGUGUACCUGCUGUACCGCACCUCCCACCAGUGGGGACGCUACCAAAAACUCAUCCUGGCUGGACUGCUGCUCUCCAGUCUAGGAGACGCCUGCCUGAUUUACCCUGCUCUCUUCAUUCUGGGAAUGGCGUUCUUUGCUGCGGCUCACAUCUCCUAUAUCUGUGCGUUUGGCUGGUCUCCGCUCAAUCCUGUCCCGCUGGCCGUCAUCCUGCCCGUGGAAGGCUUGAUCUUCUUCACCGUUCUGCUGCCAGAGCUGGAUGGGCUGCUGGUCUUCCUGAUUCCCCUCUACAUCCUGCUGCUGGGCACCAUGGUGUGGCGCUCCCUGGUUGUGCCACUGCCCAGGGGAGCGUGGAUUUGUGCUGCCACGGGGGGCGUGUCCUUUAUGGUGUCGGACACAGCCCUGGCGGUUGACAAGUUCUGCACUCCCCUGCCCUACGCAGAGGCCUUAAUAAUGGGGACCUACUACCUCGCCCAAAUCCUGCUCACUCUGUCAGCCACCGACGGAAGAGAGCAACACAGGGAGCCCAGAAAGAAAAACGUUAGAAAAAAAAAAAAAUAUAUAUAUAUAUAUAUAUAUAUAUAUAUAUAUAUAUAUAUAUAAUAGAUGGGCUGCAGUGAGUUACAGGAAAAUAAUUCCAUCUAGGGUUUGUGUGACAUCAUAAACUAUGAGAGCAUUAGGUCCACUACUGUAGUUUAACUGGCACAGAAACCCAACAUGGAAUUUCCUUUAACUCGCUGAAACCCGUCUAUUAUUAUUCAAAAGGAACUUCUCACUUAUAGCUGGAUACAAUUCACCAGAUGUGAUCAUAAAAUGACAAACUCUGCUUCAGAGCAGGCGCAGUGACUUUUUAUUGUGCUGGUUAACAGUUGACAUCACGAAGGUGCUGCAGAAUGAUCUGUCGAUCUCGGGCAGGUGUUGUGACUCUUGGUCUCCCAGUUGGUGGCCUGUCGUUGACAGAGUGGGUCUGGUUAUACUGUCUUGCCAAUUUUGAAAUCGCUGGCUGUGAGCACCCAACACAGCGAGCCACAGUACACUGUACCUAGUCCAGCCUCCCACAUGCCGAUCUCACGAAGGCGCUGCUCUCUUGACAGACGUGGCACAUUGAUUUUUUUUUUUUAUUGCUUUUAUUCAAGCUUGCAAUUCAA